UCUCGCCGAGAAGAAACUCCGUGUUCCAGCAACACCGCUGCCGCGUUCGCCUAUUACUGAAUUUCCACACUGGACAAGUCAUAAAUGUCAGAUUCGUUGCGUGUCUAGACCUGAUAAGCUCCACUCCAGAACACAGUCGUGCCUCUAGUUUGCUGGUUCGUAACGCGGCGUUUCAAAUGCAACGGAGACUUACGGUUGAUUUUGUCAGGGAAGCUCGGGGAGCAGCUUUGCUUAGCAGUUAGCUCCUAGCUAGCUAACAGGAUGGAAGCUAGGUGUGUAGCCUGCUUUUCAUGGGAAAGCCAUAUUAACAUCAGCUAAUCGGGUGUUAUUUCAUAACACCGCCAGUACCAGAUGUGCUGCUUCCACCCUGUCUGUUAGUUUUUACAUUUUAACAAUCCUCAGAAACUUCAGCGAUGGAGGAAGUUGACAAAAUCCUGAUUCACGCCCUCAAACAAGUCGGGACGGAGGUGAGCGAGGACACUGACAGCAUCAAAGAGUUCAGCAGCGAGCUGAUAGUGGAGGCGGUGGUGAGAUGUGUCCGAGUGAUCGAUCCAGGUCUGGGCAGCGCUCUGCCCACCUCCCUGCCUCCAGGCAUGUCUGCCCGCUUCAGAGUGGGCAUGAGCCUCGCACAGGCCUGUCAGGACAUUGGCUAUAAAGGGGAGAUAGGCUACCAGACGUUUCUGUACAGCAACGAGCCAGAGAUCCGCUCCCUGCUCAUGUUCCUGGUGGAGAAGCUGCCUAGAGAGAGCGCAGAGGCCUCAGAUCAGCCAACAGGUAAAUCUGUGGUCCUCCAACGAGCCGUCGCUGCCGCAGUCAAAGCCCAGCUGGCUGUUCCCUGGCUGCCGACAAACUGCAGACUGCCACUGCAGAGUGAAACACAAGGUUUAGGAUCAUUACACAGCUUCCAGGUUCAGCCCCUCAGUUUACCGUACUGCACUAAAGGUCCAGACAAGAAGCACCUGAAAGAGCUGAAAGACUACCAGCGGGACAUCCUUCCUCCUGUGACAGCCCAGCCUUCCCAUCAUGCCUCUGUGGUGGCGUCCAUAAUGGAGCAGCACACGGCUGAGCUGACUGCUGCUCAGGAGUGGGACAAUGAGUGGAAGAGUCAGGGACUCCUGUCUCGCCUCACCCCACAGGAGUACCGGUCCAGGAAGAUGAGUCGGCUGCAUAAACGCAUCCAGGAGCAGCUGCGUUCUGCUGUACUGCCACCCCCAGACAGUUCAUUCUCUGGAGCUCGCUCCAGCUCUGACCUGAGCGAGCUACUGCAGGCCUUCCGAGGCUCAGCCCCCUCAGACGACAUUCUGACCAAGGGGACACACUUCACCCACACACAGAAAUUCACCUUCACACAGGAGGUGUCAGCAGUAACCGCCUCUGUCCCCACUGGGCGUCAGUCAGAGGGCGAUAUCCAGCUCCGUCAACAGGAGGAGCUGGCGUCGCUACAGAAGCAGUUCGAGCAGCUUUGCAGCAAUGUUGAACAGCUAACAGCAGACAUGAAGCACAUGACUGUGACUAAUACACAGAUGUUGGACGAGUUGAAGCAGACAGAGCUGGGAAACUCUGACAAAGAGGAGAAAAUUCUUGUGAAGAAGAAAACCAUCGACCUGCUGCCUGAUGCCGAGAACAACCUGCUCAAACUCCAGGCUCAGGUGGAGGCCAGUGCCAAGCGGGUGGUGAACCUGGCUUCCCAGUGGGAGAAACACCGCGCUCCACUCAUUGAGGAGCAUCGCAGGCUCAAGGAAAUCUGUAGCAACCAGGAAGUGGAGUCUUCCAGAAAGUUGUCAGAAAUCAAGUCUCUGCAUGAUAAAAUCCGCGUGUCAACGGAGGAAGCCAAGAAGAAGGAAGACGUGUACAAGCAACUGGUCACAGAGUUGGAAAAUCUGCCUCAGGACGCGUCUCGCUCAGCGUACACACAAAGGAUUCUGGAGAUCGUCAGCAACAUCAAGAAACAGAAGGAGGAAAUUACAAAAAUUCUGUCCGACACUAAAGAGCUUCAGAAGGACAUCAACAACCUGACCGGGAAACUGGACCGGACCUUUGCUGUGACUGAUGAGCUGGUCUUUAAGGAUGCUAAAAAAGACGAAUCUGUCCGUAAAUCCUACAAGUACCUGGCUGCUCUCCACGAAAACUGCAACCAACUAAUCCAAACCAUUGAAGACACAGGAACGAUUCUGAGGGAGAUUCGUGACCUAGAGGAGCAGAUCGAGACUGAAAACGGGAAUAAGACUGUGGCCAACCUGGAGAGGAUCCUGGACGACUACAGGGCCAUUCGGCAGGAGAACACUGCGCUGGCCGCCAAAGUGCGGGAGGGCUGAAGGAGCAGUGCCUCCACCUGCAUCGGACUUGAACAGCAGGUCGGGCUCCACCACCAGAGAAACUGCUGUUCAUUACCGUCGCCAUGUUGCUGCUUGGUUUCAGAGGAUUCAUUGAAUGAUUUGUUUCAUAUGGAAACUAAUGUGGCAGUUUAAUGCACAAGCUUAUGGAUGGUAUCGAUGGAGAAAACCAUCUCCUGUGGACAGUCACUGGUUCCACUGGUCUGUUCCCACACUGGACAGCAGAGAGCGCUGCCAGGCCUUGUCUGUUCUAAUGUAUAGAAAUCCAAUCCUAUUUCUGUAUGAAAUGUUUUCAUAAAAUAUUGUAAAAUCAAAUCCCACACUUUUAAUACAAUAAUCAAUCCACUGUUUUUCAGACGAGUUAAUUCAUUGACAUGAUUAAUAUUUCAACUGAACGAGCUGCAUAAAUGGACUUUGAAUGUAGUUCAUUGACGUUGUCCAGCCUCAUACGCAAAGCAUUGUUGUAUGUGUGGCACCAGCUUAAAUAAAGAUGCCUUACAAACUG